UUUUCGGGGGAGAAAAACGUAAUGAAAACACAACGAACGACGCCAUAUUGCAUUGUGCGCGGUUUCGCCCUAAAACGUACGGCCAAGAAUUUUCCAACAUUUUUUUGAUAGUGGGCGCCGCGGAAAUUUUGGGAAAAUUCGGCAAAAAAUUCAGCUAGAGAACUGGAAAGAAAAUGAGUGAACACUGCAGAAAACAUUUUCUGUGAGAAAGCGCUGCAUACUUUCUAGUUUUCCCGAGGAAAAUCGUGUAAUCGGCUGGGAAAUUAGUGCGAUCCGUGGGUUAUCUGUGCGUUGUCAGAAGGAUUAUUCGUACAAAGAAAUUUAGAUUGGAAAAAAUGUGUAACCGGGCGUGAAGCGUUGACGGAAAAUCACUUCAGCAGGAGCAGUAAACGAUAACCCCAGGAAAAUUAACUUUCUAAAGGACGAAUCGGCUGGAAAAGUUCGGGACGAGAAAAUCUGCCUGCUUUUUAUCUAUCUCUGCACCAUUGUUCCAUUUUAGGUGAUCGACAAACGUAUGUGAUAACGUAAAACUCUUAUAAAUGUUCACUUAUAAUCGCGCCUGUCCAUAAUAACAAACGAAAAUUUCCUUCGGAAAAUAGGUUUUAUUCUUUCAUUUUCGACUUCAUGUUACUAAAAGAAGCGAAAAAACGCGUGUGCGUAGCGAAAAUGUUGUUUGCGUUAGUGUUCGUUUAAUUUUACGUGAAAAGAAAAUUCAAAACACUGUGAUAUCUUUAAAUUGAAUAAAUAAAAAAAUGUGUUAUUCAAAUUAAGCAAAUUAAUAAAAAACGGAGAAAAACAAAGAGAGGCGAAAAAUUCUUCGUGGAGAAAAAACAUUAGUCCGGAAAAACCCCUACGUAAACGUUCCAAGAUUGCCAUCAAAAUUCAGCCGCACAGAGAAUUAUUUACUUUGGAAUAGUAGCAGUCUACGUCAAGGAUUAAGGAGAGGCUUUCAUUCGAUAAUGAAUAAUUAAGACACAUCUUUUAGGGGGCAUGGCGUUAUUGGUCCACUGGGGGACCGGUGUCACCCCAAUUAAAAUUUCUUCGCGGGAUUCGUAGAGAGCGAGUACUGUGGCAACUAAGUAUUGAUGUCCUGCAGCGUCUCAGAGCUGCCCGCGGGGUGUCGACUCCGUGGUAUGGGCUCUGCAGCGCAAGGUGGCAGUAGUGCUCCACUGACUACGCCACUGACAGGCAAUAGUGGAUCGGGCGGCGGUGGAGGAGGAGGCGGUGCAGUAAGUGGAACAAAUUCACUUCAGGAAGCUGGCGCUGGACCUUUACAACGACCUCAAUCACAGAAGCCUUGUUGCUUUUGCUGGUGCUGUUGUUGUUCAUGUUCGUGGGCCAAGUGUUUGGCAAUAAAGAAUGCAGAAGACAAUGGACCAACACGGCGGGAUCCUGCAAGUUCGGAUUUACUUAGCGAAGGAGAAAAAACUUCUUUUAGGCCGACGUUAGAGGAAAUUCGAAGUUGGGGGAAAAGUUUUGAUAGGCUUAUGCGAAGUCCAGGUGGCCGAAAAGUGUUUCGUGAUUUUCUUCGUUGCGAAUAUAGCGAAGAGAAUAUUCUAUUUUGGCUGGCCUGUGAAGAAUUAAAAAAAGAAACAAAUCCGGAAGCAAUCGAAGAAAAAGCACGUUUUAUUUAUGAAGAUUAUAUAUCAAUAUUAUCGCCGAAGGAGGUUUCUUUAGACUCACGUGUUAGGGAAAUUGUUAAUCGUAAUAUGGUUGAACCAACACCGCAUACUUUCGACGAAGCUCAACUACAAAUCUAUACAUUAAUGCAUCGCGAUUCGUAUCCGAGGUUUAUAAACUCGCAAUUAUUCAAAACCUUAGCACAACUGCCGGAAGGUGUGUCGGCAUCGGGCUCCCAGCAGGAUAGUCCUACCUAAAGUAAAUAAAUGCCUCGACUAUAUACACAAUUAUGAGUUAUUCAAAAAGAAAAGCAAACUUUCUAGAACAAACGACAUAAAAUUGAAAAAAUUCGGCCGAAAGAUAAAGUAAAACAAAAAGAAUUCAAAUAACACUAAAAAACAAACAAAACAAGAAAAACUUAGCCCAGUAGUUUAUAACUAAAUAAAAUAAAUCUAAAAUAUUAAAACCAAAAAAAUACGCAAAAAAUAAAAUUACGAGUAUAAAACAAGAAAAUAUUGUGAUCAUGUUCUAAGCACUGUAAAAACAAAUCUUUUCUAAUGGUUAUGAUCAGGUGACACGAACUUUUUAUUAAUUUGGAGCUGAAGGUAAAGUUAAUCUGAUAAAUUUUAUGAAUUAUUAUGAAUAUGGUAGCAGAUUCGAAUGACAAAUUUAGUUGUCAAAAAUGCAGCAACCUAUCGAUGAAAUUAGUAGAGAAAACGAAGGUCUAAAAGGCGCAUUUACUGGCGAUUAAUCGUAGGCCUAUAAUUAUAGCUCCAUGGAGAGAUGGCAAAACCCUGAAAUAAGAAAAAAUAAAAUAUUUGAAAUCGAGAACUUAAUAGCAGCCAACUGAUUGUCUAGGAUAAACAGAGUGUCCUUCUAAACGCGGAAGCAAAUUAAUACCAAACAUUAUUGCAAUAAUUUACUAAAAUAAAUUUUACAACAAAUAUUAAGUGGAAAAAUAAAAUAGGGAUUUCUCUGAUUUUAUCGUUACCUGUUGGCUGAAUUAUCUACUAAAACAAAAGUAGACAAGAAGAAGAGAUUUUAGAUUUUAAACACCCGAAAACAAUGAAUGAUAAAGGCCUAUUUACGUAUACUUUUUCAUUGUUAUUUUUCCUCCGUCGCAAGUGUCGAAAUGAAUUUAUAUGCAAAUAUCGGACCUAAUUUUCUAUAGUUCUUUUCUUACUAAGUUAACUUUCCGAAACUAUUUUCGAAAUUUCCAAGCACUUCAAAUAGUAAAAUUUAAACAGCAACAUGUGAUUAAUAAUGUUUAAAAUUAAAAGAAAAGGAUAAAUUAUGAAAUUAAUUAAAUUAAGCAACAUUUAUCGAUCUUUGAAAUUCAAAAUUCAUACCACAUAGAAAAACGGUUGUUUUUCCUAUGUUAACCGACUCAAUGAAUCCGUCUCUCUCCCCCUUUUUAACUUAAAUGCUGUAAUCCGAACGGCGUUGAUUCAGUCGGUCUAAAGGAUAAUAUAAUUUAUUUUCGAGCGGUAAGAAGGCUUGAUCCAGGAGUGAAUUUUUUAGCCGAAAGGUCUCAGUGUUGCUACAUUUCAAAGCUUUAGCCUUCUCCUAGGAAUCUGGAUUUUUCAGAAAUUAAUUUGGCUUAGAUAACAAAGUGAUCAUUUAUCGUAACAGCGCUGUGUUAUUUGCGUUUAUCAUCUGAGACUUUGAUGCCAGCAUCUAUUCAAAUAUACCCCUUGGGCUCUUUUGCACUCUAUUGGUGGAUGCUGACUUAUUAGAACCACUCCAUGCCUUCGGAAAUUACUUCGUGUUAUCCGGAAUAUGAAAGGUGGAUUAACGGACGAAUUACAGUGAUUUGGGUAUCAAAACUCAUGUUUUAAAUCACAUCCACAGCAGAUUUUACUCUAGUUAGUACUCAAAAUACCCGUUUCCUGGUCACGCAUUAUAUUCGUACAGACAAUCUUAUUGCAAUUUUUUAUCAAGUUAAAGCGGAGCGCAGUCUAGGGGAGUUUUAAUACACAGAUACAAAUCGCCGAUAUAUUUUUCAUUGGUAAAAUUUUCUUGGUCUGAACGGUAAUAAACUUAUACUUGACUUUUUGAUAUGUGCGGAUAAUUUUCGGCGCUUUUCCUUUCGAGAACAAUUAACCGAAAGCUUUCUCUGGUCAUAUUGAUCAGGAUUGAGAUAAUCGAAAGCAAAUUUCAUUUGGGUAUAAUGGGAAUACUUAAAUUUUUUCAUGGAAAUAUAUUUUUAAAAUUGUCAUAAUUUUUCGACAUCGAUUUUUCAUAAUAUCUUCAACGUAAAGUUUAUAUAAAAUUCAACUGCAUUUCUCUAAGUGUAUUUUAUUUCUUUUCCGACACGACCUCAAUCAUAUUUUGUAAGAUCUGUUUUGACAACUACCUAUACAAAGCUUGGAAGAGAAUGAGUAUUUUUCAGAAGUAAUGAAAAAUGGUAACGAAUAUAUAAUACACUGCCAGCUAAAAUUAAAUAAUUUGUCAUUUUUUGUGAAUAUGAAGAAUUCAAAUACUUUAAAACGCAAAAACUACAGAGGUAUUGUUAAUAAAUAAAGAGCAAAUACACAUCAUAUGACAAAACCGUAGCGAAAAGUUAAUGGAUUCCCUCAGUUAGUCCCUUUUUCAAUGAAGGUGAUAAUGACAUGAACGAGUAAAUAGAACCUACACUAUACUAUAUAAAUACAUGCAUAAUAAAACCAUCCGCACAAAAAAUGCAGUUGUCGCGUCAUCAAAUAAGCAAUUUUUUAUUUUAAUUUACAAAGAUCCGUAAAGAGUAAAAUAGAAAUAGUAAAGUAAAAAGAUCUCCUUUUAAUUGAAGAAUUUGUAUUAUAUAUGAUAGUUUCUAUCUUCAGCAGUGAAGAAAUAACAAUUCAUUUGAAAUAUUGUAUAAAUGUGUGUCUGUCGUAUUAUGGAAUAAUAAAAUCAAUGAGAAAAUCCGUGAAUAUUAAGUUGAGAAGAGUUAUAGGUGCGGAAAAUUAUAGGUAAAAAUUAAAAAUAUAAUGAUAAAAUGACACUAAUAGCAAUCAUUGAUGCGGCGAGAAGAGAAAAGAACUGUCCGAGAAGCCCGAUGGACCAACCCUAACUAUAAAAAUUGUCUUUUUUAUUAUAUUUGGUCGUCUUGUGCACGCAGCGAUUUGCGUGGCUCCUCAGUUCAUUGCACAAACAUAUAUUCUUAAAAGUGUAUUUUGAAUUCGACGAUGGCUUCAAGAAUCAAUUCAUUUCUCACGCCGCCGCACCUCUCUCUAAAAAAAUAGCACAAAUCAAUCUUUUUAAGGAACGUUUUACGUUUUCUACAUAUUUCACAAGUAGAUAAAAUAAUUCACAAACUAUAUGGAAUAAGUGAGUGUUAACGCGUUCAGUGUAGAUAAAAUUAUUGACUAAGUAGAGGUAUUUAUUUCAAAAUCCAAUUAUUUAUUCUGUAACGUUUAAGAAAAUAAUGAAAGAAAAAACACAAAAAGAAACAUCUUAUACAAGAACGACACCCCAAAUGUAAUAGUUAUAAAAUUAUGUGGAGCUGAAUAAAACAAAUUAUUAAUGAACUAUAAUAAAGUAAUACAAAAAUAAUGACCAGACCUUAGCACGUAAUGAACAAGUUAAGUGUAAAUGUCCAUGAGAAUGAUAAAAAUAAUGAUAACGUUGUUUUCCUGUUAUACAAUUUUUUUCUACACCAGUUAAAUGUUUGUAUAAAAUAAAUAAAGUAAAGAUACAAAUAGUAAAUCAAGAAAUUUAUUACAUUGAUAAUUUCGAUUAUUUUUAAUUUAAUCGUAUGAACUAAUACAUAAGUAAAAAAUGAAUAGCAAAUAUUACGAGAUAUUAAGGUCUAUUUCUCAAGUAGUAAGUGAAUUGAUAAAAAUAUAUACAAACUAAAAACAAAUUCAAAAAAUAACUGACACAAAAUCAAUAACAACAAAUCACAACAAUUUUACGGACGAAUUAAAUCUAAAAAACUUUUCACUGAUCAACAAAAUAUUGUAUUAAUGUAGUCCUUUACAUAUAGCUUAAAGCAAAGUCGAAAUAUAAAUUAAUUGAAAGUAAACAUUAAUAAUUAACUUAGUCACCAAUGAAAUAAAAUUAACUAAAGCAAGGAAAAAGUUGUAAUGAUUUGCUAAAAAAUUGAAUAUUUGAAAAUAAAGUAUUCAGUUCGAAUUUGAAUAUUUUUUUCUUGAAAACCAAAUGAACAAGUUGAACAAUCUCAAUCACUCUAAUUUGGAAAUUGCGAAGUUAAAUUAUAAAUCUGGAAUGAAGACGAAGACGAAGACGAAGGAAUAUUGUGCCCUCACAAAUUAGCAGCACGGAAACAUUUUUCUAAAAAUAAGUUAAUUAACGUUAUAUUUCUAAAUUUAUACAACAGUACCAAGUACGAAAUCGACAGAUAAAUUAUCCCCUUUGAAGAACGUCGUCACAUGGGUUAAAUCACUAUAUCGAAAUUUUCCAAAUUAAAUGCGAAUCCCAACUUUCUAUUCGGUUUUAAGUAAAUUAAUUACAUUUUGAUAAAAGUUCCUUCGUGGCUUCUUUAAGAAUAUAAACACUACUUCAAAAAUAGUUAGUUUUCUUCAACUACUAGCCAGUUGAGUUUCCAUUGUCUACCUCUCUAUUUGAUAUUUUCUACUAACACGCAAUUUUCGCAUUACAUCACAAUUUUUCAGACUACAAACUAACUAAAAGAGAUCUUAAAUAAAAUAAUCUAAAACAAAUGAGAUAAAAUAAAUUUAAAUGAAAUAUAUUAAAUUAAAAAUUAUAAGAUGAAAUGAAAGCGUUUAUUGAUAAAUUUAUUAU